GCUGAUUGUGCUAUCCUCAUCAUCGCCGGUGGUCAAGGUGAGUUCGAGGCUGGUAUCUCGAAGGAUGGCCAGACUCGUGAGCACGCGCUCCUCGCCUUCACCCUCGGUGUGCGACAGCUCAUUGUCGCUGUCAACAAGAUGGACACCACCAAGGAUCGAUUCAACGAAAUUAUCAAGGAAACCUCCACCUUCAUCAAGAAGGUCGGUUACAACCCCAAGGCUGUUCCAUUCGUCCCUAUCUCUGGCUGGCACGGUGACAACAUGAUUGAGGAAUCUACCAAGGAUGGACCAAGGAAGGCAAAGCUGGUGUCGUCAAGGGCAAGACUCUCCUCGAUGCCAUUGACGCCAUCGAACCCCCAACCCGACCUUCCGACAAGCCCCUCCGUCUCCCCCUCCAGGACGUCUACAAGAUCGGUGGCUGGCAUGGUUGUCUCUUUCGCUCCUUCCAACGUCACCACUGAAGUCAAGUCCGUCGAAAUGCACCACGAACAACUCGCUGAGGGUCUCCCCGGAGACAACGUCGGUUUCAACGUCAAGAACGUGUCGGUCAAGGAUAUCCGCCGUGGAAAUGUCGCCUCUGACUCGAAGAACGACCCCGCCAAGGAAGCUGCCUCUUUCACCGCUCAAGUCAUUGUCUUGAACCACCCUGGUCAAAUUGGUGCCGGUUACGCCCCCGUCUUGGAUUGCCACACUGCCCACAUUGCCUGCAAGUUCGCCGAGCUCCAGGAGAAGAUUGAUCGUCGAUCGGGCAAGACCAUGGAAGCCAACCCCAAGUUUGUCAAGACCGGUGAUGCCGCCAUUGUCAAGCUCAUCCCAAGCAAGCCAAUGUGCGUUGAGAGCUACAACGAAUACCCACCUCUUGGUCGCUUCGCCGUCCGUGACAUGAGGCAGACCGUCGCUGUCGGUGUCAUCAAGUCCGUUGAGAAGGCCGACAAGGGUGGAGGAAAGGGUAUGUAUAGAUUUCGUUGUCCGUUGAGACCUGAGCUGAUCUCGUCCUAUAGUCACGAAGAGCGCAGAGAAGGCUGCCAAGAAGAAGUAAAUGCUCUUUUGGUCACCUGUCCCGGCGGAUUAACAACACCGCGUGGAAGUGGUACCAAUGGUUAUGUCGUACGGAAUCUUUCACACCUGAGAUCGCAUGAUACAGCUGCCGAUCGUGCAGCUAUGGAGCCUCCUCCCAUGAAGCAUCGCGAACCAGACAAGGACAUAUUGGAGCACGAACGCAAGCGCAAAGUAGAGGUUGCGUGCCUAGAGCUACGUGACAAGCUAGAGGAUGAAGGGUUCGUAUAUGAUUGA